AUGGAUAGUCAUCUGCUUCCCUGGUGGUGGUAUUGGCCAUGUGUGUACUCGUCUAUCCUAGCUACACUCAUAUCUCUCCAUACCAUAGUGAGACAUCUACUAAACUACCGUAAACCAUACGAACAACGGUUAUCAAUUCGAAUCUUACUUCUAGUACCCAUAUUUAGUUUGUCCUGCGCUAGCGGUAUAAUCAAACCAGACAUAGCUCAAUUCUACGUGGACCCUAUUAGAGAGUUUUAUGAAGCAUUUGUUAUUUAUACAUUCUUCACCUUUUUGACGUUGUUGUUAGGGGGUGAGAGAAACAUUAUAACGGUUUUGAGCUUAAACCAUGCCCCCACAAGACACCCGAUACCAUUGAUAGGUCGAAUCUGCAAACCAAUAGACUUAUCAGAUCCAUUUGACUUUCUAUUCGUCAAGAAGGGCAUACUACAGUAUGUUUGGUUCAAACCGUUUUAUUGCUUUGGCUCAUUGAUAUGUAGUGCAUGGGAACUACCCAAAUUUGAAAUUUUUUUAAACGUGUUCUACAAUAUUUCAGUGACUUGGUCACUCUACAGUUUAGCGUUGUUUUGGAAGUGCCUUUAUCCGGAGUUGGCUCCAUUCAAACCAUGGGUGAAGUUUUUAUGCGUUAAAUUGAUAAUUUUCGCCUCUUACUGGCAAAGCAUUAUAAUUCAGGUUCUUGUUGUUACCGGCAGAUUGGGUACUGGAAACCAAGAUCGGAUAUCUGGCUAUAUAUACAAAAAUGGGCUUCUGUGCAUUGAAAUGGUCCCAUUUGCCAUCUUGCAUGCAGUAGCUUUCCCCUGGACGAAAUACACUCCAAUUAACAUACCUUGUGGUGCUAGGAUGAAAUUCCUAUACGCACUAAGAGAUUGCCUUGGUUGUGGUGAUCUGAUAUGGGAUUUCAAGCAAACAUUGUUUGCUGGUCCUCUAUAUUAUAAUUAUAAGAAUUUUGAUCCUGAAGCCAUGGAUCUACUAAAUGGUAGACAGCAGUCAGAUGCGACUAUGGAAAGACAAAAACGUGGUUUGAGAUUUACCAAUAAUGGCCGAAACAGUUAUUGGGUUGAAUAUGGAAGCAUCCAAAACGAGACUGUUUCAAAAUCUAUGGACGAACCAUGGGAAGAUGAUAUUGCUGGCCAGAGAUCUUUCCCUGAUGAUCCAAACUACCCAGUCGUUCACGAUUAUACGAUGGGCCAUCGAUAUAGUAGAACAAUGAACGAUUUGAGAAGAGAUAUUGAAAGUAGAUCGUCAAUGGCUUGUUAA